CUGCUGUCCUGCCGGUUACAGGUCCAAACCAGCCUGUCCUGGGAGAGUGAGGCUAACGCCAGCUUAGCCGCUGCGUGUGUAAACCAAGACCAAUCCGGAUCCGACUUUUUCAAAAGGGAUCCUGCACGUCCAUUGAUUGUCGUGGCGUUCUUGCAGUCGAGGAGAUUAGUUCAGCUGUUACUAUAUGGGUUUUGACAUGAAGAAUCCGAGAGAACAUCGGUGAUGAUUCGCAAGUCUUCCCUUUUGACAACAAAGACCGAGCUCGUCACAUCUAUCUUCUACGACCUCUGGCGUGGUACCACGUUCUAAUUCACCUGUGUUUCAACAUUGAUCAAGGUCUUGCCCAAGCAUGUCAAAUGGCUACCUGGUACGUCGGAGGGACGGAGAUGUCGCGCUCCUCAAGCGACUCAUCUCUUCCUUCAGACGGUCCAUCUCGUCAACGUCGUCGAUAUAUCGAUAACAAGAAACGACGCCCUAGCCAUUCUGGACUCUCUACUCUUCAGGACGACUUCAAAAUGUUUCAACCGUUCAAGCGGAAUCGGUUCGUUAACAAUCACGAUACCUUCGAAAGUGUCGAUUUUGAUCAAAAUCUGGCCCGACCUGCUUUCUUCAUUAUCAAGGAAGCAAACCACGGGAGAGGCUACCACGGAUUCGACCCGGUCAUGGUUGAAAAGACGUUUACAGCUCCUCACUACCCCGGAACGCAGCCUGGUGUACCUUGCCAGCAUUUUAGGGUGCACCAACCAUCAGAUUCGCCCGAUAUGAAUCACCAAACGCAUGCGAAAGAUAAAGAUCACGAUGAUGCGGCGGAGUUAGUUGCGGCCGACUUGGCGGAUUCCCGUAGACGGAGCAGGCACUCCCAGCACGAGCGGAUUCUAAGGAGCCUCAUCAGUCCCAAGUCCCCCGAUGCGGAGUUCGACAUAGACGACGUUGCUCUCCAAGGCAUAUUUUACGCUGCGAACGAAAUAUUCUUCCAUGGGAAGUUGAAAGGUCGGGUCGCAUGGUCUUGGGUGGAUCUCCCGAGCUGUCUAAUCGGCACGACGGCACUAAGACAGUCGCCUUUAAAUCCGGGCCUCGAAACACUGAUAUUCUUAUCGCGGCGGAUUCUCAAGGACAGAAAAUACAAUAGACGCCUACUCAUUUCGACAUUUAUUCACGAACUUAUUCACAGCUACCUAUUCGUCGUUUGCGGAUUUCAAUCGAGAGAAUGCGGCGGCCAUACUAACGGCUUCCAAAGGAUUGCCGGACUCAUCGAUAAAUGGGCCGGCCCGGAUCUCCUGUAUCUCUGCAACAUGGAGGCCGAACUGAGCGAUUUUGAGACGAAAGCUACGGUCCUGCCUAGGGACCCAGUUUUCGACGGUUGGGACGUGCCGUGGUCGCACGACCCAGCAGCUGGGGACUAUAUCUUGUUGAAUCGUCCCCAAUGCAGGUUGAGGCCUGCAAUACGUUGACUGGACCGGGAAAUACUAUGACAUGUCGGAGGACCCAAGCCUCCGGCGAUGUUUCAUUCGAUGCUUUGCGCCCAAAAAGCAGCCCAACGUUACCCCGCAUAGGGCUAGACUUUUUCUAUCGUUAC